CCCACAAACAUUACAAAUAAAACCACGCCCUUGACACGUGUUACAACAAGGCAGCCAUUUCUGAAUUCUGUACUUAAUAAUGUUCAGACAGACACUUUUCAAAGUCAGUAAUGUCGCCAGUUCCAUUAGGACACUCAAGACAGCUCCUGUUCUGAGUAUUGAGAAGUCAUUUUGUAAAGUCCAAUUGUUGGGACGAAUUGGUGCUGACCCAAAAAUUAUAAGUACCGGUAACAGAGAGGUGGUGCUAUUCAACGUUGCCGUUAAUAUUAUGGCAAAAAAAUUAGAUCCAGCUGGAGAGACGUCUGAUCCUGAAGCAGCUGAUAAUAUUCACCAGUACACUCACUGGCAUGCUGUAGUUGUGAGGAGACCGACUUUGCAAACCCACGUUUUGAAAAACUUUUUUAAAGGUACACGAGUGCUGUGCAAUGGUGUACUGGCAUUGAAGACCCAGGAAGGAUCCAACAGACCUUCGUACACUGUAGUAUUAGAUGAAAUAACUAAUUUAGGCCAUCCAAGUCAAAGACAAAACUUGUCUGAAAGUUCUGAAGAUAAAAAUGAGUCAUCUGAGACUGACAAUGCAGACACAGCUUAACGUGCAUUAUUAUUAUUAUUAUUAUUAUUAUUAUUAUUAUUAUUAUUAUUAUUAUUAUUAUUAUGAUAAAUAGUUCACUUAAACAUACUUUUGUAGUAAUAAAUUGUAAUAAUUAUUGUUACAUAAAAACUAUGUUGUUGUAGAAUUUUUUUGUUAUAAAUCUA